AUGAAUCCUCCAUCCGAUCCUCGUAGGGUAUAUCCCGAUGCGACCCGUCGCUCACGGACAACCACAACCCAGCGACGCUCACAACAUGUACACCAAACACAACUCCUUGCAUCUGCUUCACGAGAGAUUUCGCAACUUCCACAAAGUCUUCCUCAAAUGCAACUGCCCAUAACAAACAGCCGAACCUAUCCGGUCCAGGGGUAUCAAGAUACAUCAACAUAUCAAUACGCACAAUGUAGUCCUCAGCAAUACGACGAACAUAUCGACACACACAACCGGGUGACUCUCCCAGGCGACAACCAUCUGUCAGAUGAUGCUUAUAGAAGGACUGCAAACUUCGUUGACUCUGGGCAAUAUACGGGAACCCGUUAUGCACCGUACGCCGAUGAUGCCGAGCAACACGGGGUCAGUUCUGCUGCCAGGACCAUCACGCAUUUUGAAAGGCAGUUCUCCCAUGGUAUCAACAAUAAUACCACAAUCCAAGAUGUCCAGCAGCGUGGCACAACAUGGCAUUAUCCACAACGUAUCGAUCCGAACAGCCGUGACUAUCUGCCAACAGUUGAAUAUACCAGUCGUAACAGCAAGUCGUCUCGGACUCGACGUUGGUGUGUGCAUCAAUCCAAAUGGGAAACUUCGAGACGCCACUUUACUGUAGUGUCUCAGCUGUUGGUAGCAAUCGGCCAAGGAGAGUGUGCAGUUCGAGCCCAUCGAGAUGGUUUGUUGACCAAACGAGUUGUUUGGAGGCUGUUUGACAUUUUGGGUUCAGGCUAUGCAAGCUGGGUACGUGUGUUGAAGAUCUACAGCCUGCUUGAGCUGAGACUAGGGAUGGAAGCCACCAAACCUGGAAAGGGCUGCGCCAACACAGCAGUAUGGAGGGUCUCACACCAUUUUCGCCAGUCUUAA